AUGGAGAAAUAUGAGCGAGUGUUGAAGCCUCGCCCUGAUUUCCCUAUUAUGGAUAACGAGAUUCGCAUAGCUGGCCUGGGGAGGCCUAGGAACUAUAUUACACAUGCAAUAACUCUUCUCGGAGACAGAGGUGUACCUACAGUUGUGUUGAAGGGAAUGGGAAGUGCAAUUAGUAAGGCAGUAAAAGUUGCAGAGAUCAUUAAGAGGAGGAUUCCAUAUCUUCACCAGAACACAGCAAUUGGCUCUGCUCCUGUAACAGAUAAUUGGGAGCCUGUUGAGGAAGGUAUUUUGCCUUUGCAAACAAUGCGGCAGGUAUCCACAAUAACAAUCACUUUGUCCACCUCCCAACUUGACACAUCAUCGAUAGGUUAUCAACCACCGCUGUCAGUUGAUCAAGUUAAGCCUAUGCUUGAAUAUGAAUAUGAGGGAGAGGAUUCUCAAUUUGUGUCGGGAAAAGCUCGUUCUCGUGGGAGGGGAGGUAUUGCUGCUUCUCACAAUCAGAAUGGUGAUAAUCUCCCUCCUCGAGUUCAAGGACAUGGUAGAGGCAGAUCCCGUACAAAUUCUCAAUAUGGCAACGGUGGUUUGAAUGAGAAUGGCAUGGGAGAUCAUACGAGGAGCAGGUUUGGUUAUGAUGGUAAUUAUAAUGACAAUGGCUUUCGUAGAGGCCAAGGCCGUGGUCAAGGUAGAAUUGGUGGUAAUGGUGAAGAUGGAGGGGAAAUAGCUUCUCGAGGGAGAGGGCGUGGCAGAGGCAGAGCACAAGGGAGAGGGCAGGAGUUAAUCCCCAUGGGUAGACUGAAUGAACCAUUUGCGAGGGAAGGUCGAGUUGGAUAA